UUUAAUUAAAAAUAUCUGCUUGUAGGUUUUAAUUAUAAUUUUCUAUUAAUAAUAGUUGCAACCAUACAUAAUAAAGUAUAAUUCAAUACUAUGUGAUGUGAUGUUUCUACUGAACAGAAAUUGAAAAGGAUCGUUGGGUACGAUUGUAUGGUUUCAUAAGAUCGUUAGAAAGUUGAUAAACAGACGAAUUUUCUAACAGAAGUCUGAAUUUUCAUCAAGUUUCUCUGAAUAUUUAAACCACAGUGCUGUGAAUUUGUGUUGCUGUUAUUGUUAUCAGAACUAUUGGAAUAAAAUAAUAAUGGAUAACAUUACUGACAAUAUUAUGCAAAUUUUAUAUGAAUGUCAUCCCAACAAAGAUGACUUUAAUGAUGGAUCAAAAGGCUCCUGUAAAGUAAGAAAAUCAAAAAUAAAUAUCGAGAAAGAGAAAUUAGAAGAAAUUAAGAAUAAUGCAGAAAAAUUACUUGAAAAUAUACGAUGUAAUUAUGUGGGAAGCGUUGAAUAUGCUAGUUUGAAUAAAAUGCUGGCCAUGUGUAAUUUAGAGAUUGGAAAUGAACUCGUAGCUAUUCAUCAUUUGAUUGAAUCUCAUGCGGUAAUAUUUCGGCAACACAUUUUGCACCGAUAUCAAAAAACAAAAGUACGUGAAAUGUAUGAGGCACCUCAAACAUAUGGAUUAAAACCAACAUAUGUGAAGUUUGAGACAAAAUUCACAGAUAAUAAAUUGUUAAAAACAAAACUUUCAGAGCUGCCAAAAGAAUGGUAUAUGAUUCAGGUCACUGCCCAAUAUGAAUCUCCGAGUAUAUUAAGACAAAAAGAAUGUACAUCUAGCAUAAUGCAUGCUAUACAUAUUACAAUGCUUCCAACAGGACCAUCUGAUACAGAACCCUUGUGCAUAACUUUGCCGAGACCUGCAAUGCAAGUUUCUUAUGAUAUCUGCAAAGAAAUUCAGAAAUUAUUACAUAACAACAAAUCUGUACUUACAAACACUUAUGUGAAUCACGAACAUUAUUGGAAAAUGCGUACGAGUCAAGAUGAUCAAAUGAAGGCGGCUAUAGACGGAUUAGAGAAAUUAUGGUUGAGAGAAUGGAGGGUAUUAUUUAUGGCUGAUCCUAUUGAGGACUUGGAAAUUGUAAAUGAGAUUCAUCUAAUGAUAGAUAAAUUAAUAGCAGAUUUCAAAUCUCCGGUUGAGAUAUCAAAACGGUGUACAUGGCUGUUGAAGAAAGUGUCCACAGGUGCAUGUUUUCUCACGCGUGACGAAAUAGCGCGUGCAGUCCAAUUUUUGCUUCCUGAACACAAAAAGCUUGCAAAUAACAUAAUUUUAUCUAUUUACGGACAAUUAUCAUACAUAAAGGAUUUGGAGAAUAUAAAGCGAAAGACAUUGAUUCUAAUUGUUGAUGAGCACAUGGAUUACAUAGCAUUUGAAGCUAUGGAAAUUAUUAAGAAUCAUCCUGUCACUCGUCUCCCGUCUUUGCACAUAGUCUACGCGUUAUUCAAAGAACAUGAAGAUACUAUUGUAGAAGGAUGUAAAGUAAUUAAAGCCAAAACAGAUAUGGGAAUCUGUAUGGUUAAUCCUUCGGGUGAUUUAUAUAAUAUGGAGAAGCGCAUGAACCUUUUUAUAAACUUCUGGCUACCUGAAUGGAAAAGUUAUUACAACACAGAGCCUAGCGAAGAAAUGUUCAAAGAUGCAUUAACAAAUCAUGAUAUUUUAAUGUACAGUGGUCAUGGAAGUGGCAUACAAUAUCUAGCCGGGGAAGCAAUCGAAAGGAUGAGAGUAAGAUCUACCGUUUUAUUAAUCGGAUGUAGCAGCGGAAAACUGUAUGUGACAGGUGGCAGAUAUCCACCUUACGGUGUUUCGAAUCAAUAUUUGAUUGCAUGCAGUCCAUGUCUUUUGGGUAUGCUGUGGGAAGUAACAGACGCCGAUAUCGACAAAAUGACCACAGAUUUCAUGAGUAAUUGGAUUCCUUCGUCGUCUGAAAAAUCGUGGACUGAAGUAAACGUAAAAAGUUGGAUCUCUGGUUCUCUAAAAUUUGUGAAUAACGAGGAAAAGGAAGUGGAGAUGGAGCCCGAAAUGUUGAGGGCAGUGGCAAAGUCCAAGAAGAGUUGCUCGCAGUAUAUGACGGCAGCCGCGAUAGUAGUACGAGGUUUACCGAUAAAGAUAGUUUAAAUUCUUUUUGAUAGACCAUGUUUUUUGCAAUACUGAAGUAGCGUAAUUUAUACUUCUAAGUCAUACAAAGCCAUUUCGAAGGAAGUGAAACAAAACUACGGUAAUUUCUUACAGAUCAAAGUUGUAUUUUUUAAAUAUUUUAAUGCAGAAGUUUAU